AGGGUGCUACCAUAAGUAAGUGUUCAAUUUGGAUCGCCCUGUACAAGCGCCACUGGGAAGAGGGGGAGGCCCACCUCUCCAACAAGAGCACGCUGUACAAUUCUGAUUGGUCAACGUCUCCCAGGAUUAUGACAACCGGCAAUCGAUGGUUUUUGGUGAUUUUCUCAAAAUCAUUUUUACUAAACUAGAAUUAUUUAAUUAAAAACAACGGGAUGGUUAAGCGAAGCGUGUAAUUAAUCUCCCAGUUUUCAUGUAUAUAGUUAAAUUAUUUAAAUAAAUUAUAUAAACGCGCGAGUGGUUGUUUUUAAGAAUGUACUUCAAGUUAGUGAUUAGUUUAAUAGGGUGCUUUUUGUUGUUAAUUGGAAAUGCAAGCUCGAAAUCAAAAUCGAAAUCGGUGACAACACUGUUGGAUGCGAAAUGGAAAGUGACCCCUUUGGUUUUGGAGGUAGCCGAAUAUUUGGGUGAUGAAAAUGUAGAUUUUUAUUGGAAUUUUAUCGACUCAAUAUGCAAUUUAAGUACGCCAUUGGAAGCCAUAGAGAACGAUAGGGAGAGGUACGAGGUGAUAAUGAAUGAGGUUGCGAAGCUCGUCGGGCAAUCAGAACUGGCCAUGUUAAAGCUGGGACUCUCUCUUCAUAUUUAUUCGCCAAAAAUUGAGGCAUUUGCCCAGAUCGCCACUGAAAAGGCCUUGCCGGAGUGUAAGACUGUAGUUGAAGUAGGAGACAAGGUUACUUGUAACUUGGAGGAUAUUAAAGAGCUUGUUAGCCAGGGUGAGGGAAAAGAAAAUUUGGACGUUUAUCACAUUGAUACUCAUUAUCCCGGUUCCGAAAAUCGAAACAUAGUUGCAGCCUUGUAUGGAGAACUGGGCACUAAGCAGUUUGCCCAGUUUCAUGCCGUGCUAAAAGAGCUAGCAAUAGACAGAAAGAUCGAUUACAUUUUCCGUCACUUUGUCAGGAAUCGCGAGGAUAGACAAUUGAGAUUGUCUGGCUAUGGUGUAGAACUACAGAUGAAGUCGACAGAGUAUAAAGUUCAGGAUGAUACGCAAAUACAUGACGAGCACAGUUCCGAAGAGAGCUCGGGGGAAGAGGAAGAUGUUGAUAUCGAAGGAUUUAAUUUUGUCAAACUCAAGGGCUUGUUUCCAAAUCGCAAGAAAGACUUGGACAGAUUUAAACAGUAUUUAGAAGAAACUUCGAACGAAAUGGCCCCAUUGAAAGUGUGGCAAUUUCAAGAACUAAGUUUACAAGCAGCGCAGCGCAUCAUGAAUGCCCCGAAAGAUGAAGCACUUAAAGUGUUUACCAAUAUUGCCCAGAAUUUCCCAAUGCAGGCGAAAUCGUUAGUGAAGACUGUCGUUAAUUCCGAUAUGAAGGAGGAGAUCAAGGCCAACCAGGAGGUAUUCGGUUCCACCUUAAAUUUGCGCUCCUCCGAUACUGCACUGUUUAUUAACGGAAUGUUUUUCGACCUCGAUCUAAUCGACUUCUAUGCCAUAUUCGAUGUACUUCGCCAGGAGCAAAGGACGAUGCAGGGAUUACACACCAUUGGAAUUGAUAACGAACGUAUCAAAUCACUUAUGGCACUGGAUUUUAGUAGUACAAACAGCGAGACGCAGGAUUUCGCAAUAGACAUUCGUGACUCCGCCAUCAAUUGGAUUAAUGAUAUCGAGCAGGAUGGCAGGUAUAACCGGUGGUCUUCCAGUGUUAUGGAUUUGCUUAAACCUACGUUUCCGGGGAUGUUGAGGCAUGUUCGGAGAAACCUUUUUAACUUGGUCUUGAUUAUCAAGGCAGUCGACGUCGAGAUGCGGGGAGUGUUGAUGUUAUUGGAAUCGUUAGUUGUGCACUCUGCUCCGUUAAGGGUUGGAUUAGUGUUGUCUACAAACUCCACAUUAAGUGUUAAUGGACUCGAAGAUGCAGGGGUUGCAGUCUUGUGCGCGUUUAAUUAUGUUUCACAGAAGCACGACCCAGUAUCUGCAUUGUCCUUUUUAACAUCAUUGUACAAGUCGUCAAAUAAUGAGGUUACUGUAGAAGACGUUAAAACUGAACUCAAACGAAAAUACGACGUCGACUACGAUGAAGUACUAGGAGAAGAUUCCGCCUACGACUUUGGACGCCAACUUACCGAAGACUUCAUUCAACGAACCGGCUUACAUACCACCCCACAGGCCUUAAUAAACGGCAUACCAUUACAAAGUUCGCAAUUAAACGUAAACGAUUUUGAGGAGGCGAUUCUGCAAGAAGUCAUGUCACAAACGUCCAUCUUCCAAAAGGCGAUCUUCCACGGUAAACUAACCGACAAAGAUGACGUAAUCGAUUUUAUCAUGGGCCAGCCGAACGUAAUGCCGAGACUGAAUCAGCGAAUUUUGAACAGAGAUAGAAGUUUCUACCUCGAUAUGUCCGGAAAACCGCAAUCGUCACUGACCGUCGAAAGCCUCGCGAAACUAUCCCACAGCGGCAUGACAGCCACCGCCGUUGAGAAUGUAAAAUAUUUCCAGUUACCCAGAAAGGGAACGCGUUAUCACAGCAUGACGUACUGGAUUGUCGGAAAUUUAGCCUGUCCGAAAACGAAAAAGUUACUCAUUGCAGCUCUCGAACACUUAAAAACAAACGACGACACACGGGUUUCCUUUAUGCCUAAUAUUAAUGGUAACAAAGACGCCUAUGUAAAUAGCGUGGUGUUGGCAGCCUUGCAACAGUUACCAUCGGAAAAAGCGUACAAGUUUGUUUUGAAUUUCCUACGGUCGGAUGUGGACAAAUUUGAUGUUCCCAGUGACAUCAAAGAUCAUGUAAAAUCCCAAGAGUUAUCUCUUAAAAUGCUGAGAGUUUACGCUCAGCGAGUUUUGAAAUUUGCCGCAGAUGAUAUUGGUGUCGUUGCAAACGGUUGUGUGCUUGGUCCCUUAGAUGAGAACGAAGAGUUUACUUUGGACGAUUUUUCUUUAAUGGACCGAUUUAGUGCCGCCAUGUAUGGUGAUAAGGUUAAGGGUGCAUUAGCUAAAGCUGAGGAUGCUGAAGAAAUCUCAAGCAAUACCUAUUUCCGUAUGAUACCACUACUGAUCUCGCAACCACAAACAAAAUCUCGCUUCGACAUCACCUUCUCUGGCGACAAACAUUCGGUUCUGUCACUAUCCACCACGAAUACAGACAGAGCAGUUUUUGAUAUCGCCGCCAUUGUCGAUCCGGUCUCUCGUGGAGCACAGAAAUUAGGUCCAGUUCUGCAAAUUUUACAAGAAACACUAAAUUGUAAUAUUCGCGUCUUUUUAAACUGUAUCGAGAAGAACAGCGAUAUGCCCGUUAAAAGUUUCUAUCGUUACGUUUUGGAGCCGGAGAUACAGUUCAAUGGCGAAGGCAAGCAAGUACCGGGACCGAUUGCGAGGUUUUCAAAUAUGCCCCACUCCGUUCUUUUCACGCAAAAUAUUCACGUACCGGAAAAUUGGCUUAUUGAAGUCGUUCGUUCCGUAUACGAUCUUGAUAACAUACGGUUAGAGAAUGUCGACAGUGUGGUUCACAGCGAGUACGAAUUGGAAUAUUUACUAUUAGAGGGCCACUGCUUCGAAAGCACCAUGGGAAGUCCACCAAGAGGAUUGCAAAUCACCUUGGGUACCAAAAAGGAACCGAUAGUGGUGGAUACCAUUGUUAUGUCGAAUUUAGGAUAUUUUCAACUCAAGGCAAAUCCCGGGGCGUGGACUCUGAGACUGCGACAAGGUAGAAGUGCUGAUCUCUAUGAUAUAGUUGGGUACGUACAUUGCUUUAAUCAUACCAUAGUGUUAAUACCACUUUUUAGCCUUGAUAAAUUGGAUUUACUUAAUAAAGAUACUGAUAUUAAAGUAUUAAUUAGUUCCUUACGUUCAAAUGUGAUUAAGUUAAAGGUAUCGAAGAAACCCGAAAAAUAUAACGUCGAUUUGCUAGCUGAUGAUGAUUCUAAUUCUGGAAUAUGGAAUUCAAUUACAAGUUCGCUCACCGGCGGCGAAGACGAAUCAGAUGAAAAACUCAAUAUAUUUUCCUUAGCAUCAGGUCAUUUGUACGAACGAUUCAUACGAAUAAUGAUGCUGUCGGUACUUAAGCACACAAAAACUCCUGUCAAGUUUUGGUUCCUAAAGAAUUAUUUAUCUCCGCAACUAAAGGAUUUCCUCCCUUACAUGGCAAAGGAGUACGGUUUCGAGUACGAACUAGUCCAAUACAGGUGGCCACGAUGGUUAUUCCCGCAAACGGAAAAGCAGCGAAUAAUAUGGGGCUACAAAAUCCUAUUUCUCGACGUCCUAUUCCCGCUCGACGUUAAAAAAAUUAUCUUUGUGGACGCGGAUCAGGUUGUUCGGGCGGAUUUGAAGGAGUUGCAGCAGUUGGAUCUAGGUGGCGCACCUUACGGUUACACGCCGUUCUGUGACAGCAGAAAAGAAAUGGACGGAUUUCGGUUUUGGAAACAGGGAUAUUGGCGUACGCAUCUACAGGGUCGCAGAUAUCAUAUUUCGGCCCUUUAUGUGGUCGACUUGAAGAGGUUUAGACGAGUCGCCGCUGGAGAUCGUUUAAGAGGUCAAUAUCAAGCGUUCAGUCAAGAUCCGAACAGUUUAUCUAACUUGGAUCAAGAUUUACCGAAUAAUAUGAUACAUCAAGUGGCCAUCAAGUCUUUGCCGCAAGAGUGGCUGUGGUGUGAAACUUGGUGCGAUGAUGCAUCUAAAGCUCAAGCGAAAACAAUUGAUUUGUGCAACAAUCCGAUGACCAAAGAGGCUAAACUGACUGCAGCUAUGAGAAUAGUUCCUGAGUGGAAAGGAUAUGAUGAAGACAUUAGGAAGUUACAACAAAAGAUCGAUUCGGGAGUUCUUGAUCCGGAUCCAGUAGAAAAUUUAGAUACACAUUCAGACCGGACCGAUGUACAUACAGAAUUAUGAUAGGAUUAUUAUUAGUUGUAAUUAUUAAAUUUGUACAAAUAAAACUCCUUAAAUAUUUUUUUAA